AUGUCCCUGUUUCACUGCUUUAACUGUGAGUGGGUUUUUGUUUUCACUUCUUAUUGCCUUAUUGACUUAAUUUCUAAAUUUCUGUGUUUUCUCUUAAGGAUGGUGGCCCAGCAGUGUCUACAUUCAUCACGGUCUCAGUUUGGCGUGCUCUACAGACAUGACGUUUCUAUGAGAACCACAGCUAAAGUGGAAAUGGACAAAUUUUGGACAAAAAACACAAGACUCAACCAACCUGUUUCACCAGUAAUGGUGUUUUGUAGGUGGUCUGUCCCCAUGAUGAGGUCAACCUCACACAGAGGAACAAGAGUGGCAAUUAGCGGAGGUAUCUCAGCAUUUGCACUCGUCACUUUGGUGUUACCGGAGAGCUACCCACAUUACCUUGAUCUGAUUCACUCCAUGUCCUUUGGGCCCCAAUUCCUUGCUCUCAGCAAAAUUGCUCUGUCUUUCCCAGUGGCUUACCACACCUUCAAUAUGUGCGGUGUCGGGAAGGGUUCUAAGAUACCCGAAGUCUACCGUUCUGGCUAUGUUGUCAUUGCUCUGACUGUUCUCACGUCAGUCACUCUUGCUGCCAUGUAA